AUGGCAGCUGUUCAUGAGUUUGACGGAGGACUACUUUUAUGCGCAUCUUCUAGUGUUUUUCUAGCAAAGAACUCUCACGACAAGUUAUCCGUUACUGGCUCAUUCAAUUCUAAAGGAGUUUUGAGAUCAAUCUUAUCCACGAAUGGUUUAGUACGUGGCUAUGUAGAGCAGUUAAGCAAUCCUACAACGGUUGACGCCGAUGUUCAGAUUUUGUGUUCAACUGUUUCGAAUUGCCGAUCACUGCUGGCGGUUGGAACAUCCGAAAAGGUUGUAAUUAUUUUGGAAGCACGAACGUUAACCAUGCGGAGAAGCUUUAGAGUUCCGAAAGCUCCUACUUCUAUCACGUUUGACAAGGACGACUCACACAUUGUGGUUGGAGAUCGGGCUGGCCAUGUUCGUAGGUAUACUGUUGAACCAUCCGAGAAAUGUGGAUACACGGAUAUGAAUGGAGAAGAAUGCACGUUUGAAGGUGAGCCGCUAUCAGGAGCAGUUACUAUGAUCUUGGACGUAGCUAUAUCACGCGAUGGGAAUUUCUUACUUGCUGCCGAUCGUGAUGAAAAAAUUCGCGCAUAUGUUGUACAGUCAUAUUGCCUUGGACAUACCGCGUAUGUUAGUUCUAUGGCUUUGUUAGGAAAUCGUCUAUUCUCUUCUGGUGGAGAUAGCAUCGUUAUUGAAUGGGACAUGGAAUCUGGAAAGGGAGUCUCUCGGUCGGGGAAAUUAGGUGAACCACCUGUACGGCGCAUCAUUGUUAUCGAGAAGGUAGUGUUUUCUUUUGUUUUCCAUUUUCCUUUGGGUGUACUCACAGCGAUACUUUUUGCGCAAGAACGACAGGAUAGGACAUUCUUCGUUAUCGCCGCUGUUGGACCAACUUUACAUGUUCUUGAUGAACGUCUACAAUCUGUUACCAGUAUCGAAAUAUCUCAGACGAUAAUGGACAUAGCCUUUGUCGAUGGUAGCUUAAUUGGUGUGAGCAGCGAUUUCAGUGCAGGUGUGACCAGAUUCGGUCUCUUUGACGGAACAUCAAGUGCAAUUGAAAUACCAAAUGAAGUUUGUCAGGCUUUGCUUCUGUCUAAGGAUCCAAUAUCGAACUACUUCAAGAAUGUUGUACAUCAAAACACUCUGGAUUACUACAAAAGAAAAGCCGAAAAGUUAGGAGGCAUCGAGGUAAAUCUGAGGCGAAAAAGGAAAGUAGUAAAUUUGUUAGGAGAAGUCGAAGACGAGAAACGUUUUACUUGA